AUGAGACGAGAAACGCUUCCCAUCGAUGCUGUCGCGGCUUGGACCAGGCUCAACAACAUUGAAUUCCACGGUGUCGAAGUGAAACGGUUGGAAACGGGAGAUGGGGUCGAUAAAGGCGCUGCCGUCGUUGCGACCGAAACCAUGUCAACUCAGGAGUUAAACGCGGAGGCGCAAGCUCAGCCCAAGAUUUUGAUGACUGUUCCGCGUGACCUGAUCCUCUCACUAGAAUCAGUGGAAAAUUACGCAAAGUCAGAUAGACAUUUGAAGGAGGUAUUAGAUGCCGUAGGUGAUUAUGCCAGGACAGCGCGAGGGGCUAUAUUGAUAUUCCUCCUUGUCCACAUUUCAUAUUCAGACUCGGAACUGUCAUCAAAGGAGCAUAUCAGAAUGUCCAGCGCAUGGACAGAAUAUGUAAAAUUUCUUCCAGAACCACUACCACUUCCAACCUUUUAUACCAUCGAGGAGCGCGAACUUCUACAUGGCACCUCGCUGGAACUGGCGCUUGAUGCGAAAAUUGCCACUCUAGAGAAAGAAUUUAAUGAUCUCCGUGAAGCUACCAUGGAUAUCAAAUGGUGCAACCGAUAUUGGUGGCAUGAGGAGACUGGCCGGCUUACGUUUGAGGAUUGGAAGUUGGUCGAUGCUCUAUAUAGGUCGCGCUCGCUAGAGUUUCCUGGUAUUGGUCACGUCAUGGUGCCAUGUUUGGAUAUGACGAACCACGCCUCCAACGAUCUGACCAACGCAUUAUACGAGGUUGACGGAGGGGGGAAUGCCGUGUUACAAUUACGCUGGGGUCGGAGUUUGGGGAAGGGGGACGAAAUAACCAUCACGUACGGUGAUGAAAAGGGUGCGGCGGAGAUGAUUUUCUCCUACGGAUUCCUCGAAAACGGGCUCGCAAAGGCUCGUCAACUCUUCCUUGACCUCGACAUCCCAUGUGAUGACCCGCUGCUACCACCAAAGAAGGCUGUCUGUGACGAUGCCCCUGGAUUCCUCCUAUUUUCCACAGACUCAGGAGCCACGGAUUGGGAAAGUCGGUUUGUUUGGUGGUGCUGUGUCAACGAAGAGGACGGCCUAGAGUUUCGCGUUCUACAAUCUAACCAGGGCCAACGCGAGCUCAGGGUUUCUUGGAAAGGAACUGACAUUGGCCCUUCUGAGCCUUUAGUUGAGCAGUUGAAGAAGGAUCCCAUGUGGGAGUUGUUUCAGCUACGAGCAGUUGUCAUACUGCAGGACCGCAUUACGAAUCAACUUGCGCGUCUACGCACAAGCGAUGAAUAUGUGCGGCGAUGGCUUGAGUAUGUGGAUGAAACGAUCAUUCGCCGUUCGGUUUGGGAUACUGUGAUUCAACUCCGGGAACUAGAGGGAGAGCUUCUUGAAGCUGGGCUUCAUGACAUAGAAAUCAAGGACCCUAGGUGUGGAACGUUGUAUGAUGUGCAUUUGAUCCUUUUGUCCUGGACUAACAGACAAACUCGCCGGAAAACGGCGGCUUGGCAUAUCUUUGGACAGAAACUACAACUUUUGAAUAGGGAAUCUGUGAGGGCUUAUUUAGAAACGCAAAACCCGGGUGCAGGCAUUACGGAAGAUUUCUCCUAA